AUGGCCAGUCAGGCAAUCUUAUCAUCUUUAUGGGGUGUUUCCGAUGUGGGAUAUACAGGAAUGGCCACUGUUGUAGCUGUGGUCAUCUUUGUGGCGCUAAUUGCUAGGCUUGCGCUUCGGACAUACCGCACGCAAUUGCAUCCUUUGAGUUCCUUCAAGGGACUUCCAGAGGCAUGCGUGUCGGAAAAUUGGCUGUACAGGGUAACAAAAAGCGGGAGAGCAGAACAAACUUUCGAAGCUCUUCACGAAAAGUACAACACAAAAGCGCUUCGGAUUGGACCUAACGAGUUGCAUAUUACCGAUAUUGAGCUGUACAAAGUGAUCUACAACCAAUCCAAACCCUUCCUCAAGCAUGCCCCAUUUUACGAUGGGUUCAGCACACCGCACACUGUUUUUGCUGAGCUCGAUCCUCUUUUACAUAAGGAGCGCCGGCGCAUGCUGAAUCCUUUGUUCUCGAAAGUUGGUGUUUACAAGUUGGAACCUCUUAUCUGCGAGAAGAUCUAUAUGCUAUCGGCCAAAAUCACUCGGCUUUGCGCGACCAAGGAAAUUGACGUCUACAACGCAGUUCGCCUCUUAACCACAGAAAUCAUCACAGAGUUUGCCUUUGCGAAAUCGCCUAAUCUCAUUGAAGAGAGGGGGGAUGAAAUGGAUUCAUGGUUCCUUGACGCUUUCGAUGUCGGCUCCAAGAGUAUCGUCGAUCUACAGUACAAUGCAGUCCUCCGAAAUAUCGUUUCGAUUCUUCCAGCUAGUGUGGUGAAAUUUCUGAAUCCCCAACUUCGCUCUAUUCUUGAUCUUCAGGAGUUCGCGGGAAGCUGCAUGCGAUACUGGCAGACAUCGUCUGGGACCUCUUCUUUCCCCGUCAUCUUUGAUAGCCUGAAGUCAAUCUCAGAUGAUGCUAAGAUUUCUGAAGCAAUGGAUAUUCUAAUCGCCGGCGCUGAUACCACUGCAUCUACUCUUACGACUGGAUUCAUUCAUAUCCUGUCCAAUGACAAAAUCAAAAGCCGUCUUGUGCAGGCCAUUGAUGAAGCGAUGCCAGACACAGGAUCGCUAAUUUCUCUUCAAGCCCUGGAGAAAGUAGAAUAUUUGUCGGCAUGUGUGAAGGAGUCAAUCAGAGUGGGCAUGGCCGUACCAGGUCGUCUACCUCGUGUUGUUCCACAUGGUGAUCCAUUCGUUGUUGAGGGCAAAGUUGUUCCUCCGGGCACCGUUGUUGGUAUUUCAACAUAUACCAUGCACGUUUCUGAGGAUGCGUGGGGACCCGAUGCCCGUGAGUUCAACCCGGACCGUUGGAUCGGGCCCGGAUCCAAGGGCUUGGAACAGUGGAUGUGCACGUUUUCCAAAGGCGCAAGAAUGUGUCUGGGGCAGAAUGUUGCGCCCGCUGAGAUUACUCUCGCAUUCGCUUAUUUGUUCCGUAACUACGAACUAAGUCUUCCCAAGGGAUAUGUUAAGCCAGAUGCCCUUGACCACUUCACCUUGGCGUAUCAGAAGCCCGGGUUACCUGUUGUGUUCAAGCCUCGCCAGUAA